AGGAUCUACUCGAGAGUACUGCACCUGGAAUCAAGUUAUGGCCGAGCAUCUUCUGCAGCGGUUUGCCAAUAUGGCUAGCGGUGGUAACAGCAACUCCACAACCGGGCCGCCAUCUUCGAUGGCCACCAUAAGUCAGCGGAUUCAUCACGAACCGUACGUCAAGUAUCCGGUCUAUGGGCCCGGAACGGGUCCGGAUAUCUACGAAGACGGAGCUGGCGACUAUUGGCAGGGUGAAAGUGGUCCCGGGUUCUUUGCUGGAGGACCAGGAGGACCUCCGCUUCCUCCACCUCCUCCACCACCACCGGCGCCAUUUUUUCCACCCUUCCGAGGCCCGUACGCCAAGUUCGGCAAAGCUCGCUUCAAGGGCGCCUCGGUCGCGAUCCUCGUCUUCAUCGGGUUCCUGUUUUUCCUGAGCGUGCUGCAGAACUACAUCAAGGACUACUCCACGACCAGCUCCCCAAUGGCUUUCGGUUCCAAAAAGGUCAUCGUCCUGUCUUCGGCCGCCACCAAGGAUAACGUCGGAGCCCAAUAUCCGUUCCUGCAGAAGAACGUCGAUUCGCUCAACAGCCUGGAGGAGGAGGAACUCGGCACCGGUGGGUUCGGUAGCUACAAGAAAUCUUCCCUUCUGUCCUCCUCGUCCUCGUCGUCCCAACAUCACCAUCAUCGGAACCACCAUCACGGCGGCAACAAGCGUCCCAAGGGCAGCCAGAAGCGACACUCAACCGGAACCGGAAGUGGUUCGGAUGCCGUCUCGAUGCCCCCGCCGCCAUCUUUGUUCUCCGAUCUGAUCAGCGUCGAAGGACGGGAAUGACAACAGCAGCAGCAGAUGUUAUUAACGAAGUGAUGGUGCAAAUUAUUUAUUUUUGUUUUGAUCGUAGCAAUCGUCUUAGCGAAUAACACAAUGGAAGCAUUGUUUAGAGAGAUAACGUUUAGUGAAAGUUUUGCUGUCAGUAGUGGUGUAGAAAAAAAAAACAAAAAUGAUGCCGAAUAAAAGUGCUUUGCUAGUUAAA